AACAAAAAUGAAGAAAAAUCUAAAAAUUGUAAUCAAAUCUUUAUUAUUCAUAGUCAUUAGUUGACAUAUAUAUAUUAAUCAUAUUAAGUAAUUCUGUAGUUUUUAUUUAAGAAAAUAAUACAUGCUUCUUAUAUUUUGGGUUAAUAUAAUGUUUCCUAAUAAUUGAAUCUGAACCAAUAUUUUUUUUAAUUGAAUCUUAAGCUGCUACGUAACCUAAAUUGACAUUAUAAUUAAGUGAUACUUAAGCAGUGUUUUUUUUUUAAUUAAUACAAACUUAAUGUUACAAUUUUUUAAAUGAUCAUCGAUUGAUAUAUAGGGAAUUAUUAUAAUAAUCAAGCCGACUUUAUGAGCUUUCUGGAGACAAAAAUCUGGAAAAAAAAAUUAAAAUUUCAUGAACACAUUAAAUCAACAUUUUCGUUGAUCGUUGGUUAUAACUUAUAACCAGAGCCCAAAAAAAGUUAAGUAUUGAUUGUUCGUAGACUUUGGAUGAAGUUUGUUUUUGUUUUUCAGCCUAAAAUUAAAAAAAAUAAGAGCUUUCUUGAACGAAAUCCAAACAUCAGAAUAUAUAAGUUUUUCUCUUAAAAUGUCUGCAAGUUUUUCUUUUGAAAAAAAAAGAAGUCUGUAAGUUGGCAUUUUUUUCUUCUUACAAAUGCUACUUUUUUCAUCGACCAUUGGCAAUGGCCGACAAAAAAAAUUCAACCAUUAGAUUAACUAAAUGUUAUUUUAUAGAGUGGCAAAAUGCUCAUACAAACUUAUACACAAAACCCUUAUUUUCAUAAUUGUGUGAAACAUUUGUAAUUAUAUGAAAUCAAAUAUAUUUAUAUUUUUUGUCAAUUAUUUUUUCUUUUAUUUUUUAAGUCAUUACUUUCUGUAAAAUACUGUUUAAAAAUAUUUUUUUGUAAAAUUUAGUUUAAUAAAUUCUUAACUCAAAAAAAGAUUUAUAAAAUAGUAUAUUAAAAUACAAAUACCAAACAAAUUUGUGUUUGAAAACUAAUAUCUACAUAAAAAUCAAAAACCAAAAAUUUAGAAACAAGAAACUAAAAGUCGACAACUAAAAUCCAAAAAAUAUGCAUUAGUGUACUACUUGUAUUUAUAUGAAAAUAAAUUUUCUAGGAUAAUUUGUUUGUGCUUCAAGAAAAAAGUGUUUCAAAAAAAGAGAAGAUAAUUUGUUUAGUUUUUUUCACCUCCCAAAAAGAAAAAAGACCAAAAGGGAUUUCACUACAAUGUAAAUAGACAUUUAUAUACAUAUAGUUAACUAAUCUAUUAUUAGAGUUUAGAGUUGAGUGGUGAAAUUUUGGGGAUGAGAAUAAUAAUUUAAAAGAAAAAAUAUUACAAAUUUCAAAAUAAAAAUUUUUAAAACAGUUUCAAAAACAUUUUCUAAUUUUAAAAUUUUGAAAAAUUGAAAAAUUGAAAAAAGAAAAUUCUAAAAAAAAUUAAUUUAUUAUUUAUAUAAUUCGAAAACUAUACACAAAAUUUCUUAUUUAUUUAAAUAAUUAUUUAUAUUUAUAAAGCCUUAACAUAAGAGUCUUUUGCCUCUUUGAUGAAACAUCUUUUAGUCUUUUUUUUAAUAGCUCUUUUAUUGAAAAAAAAUAAAAAUUAGUAUUCGAGAGAAUUGGUUUAUAUCAAGGGCAAUUUCUUAAUAGCAAACUUUUAGUUUUUGUUACCAAAAAAAGCUUAUGAAGAGUAAAAUGACCAAAAAAAUUUCAUCAAAGAGAUCAAAGAUUUUUUUACCCAUUGAUUUAUAGAUAUGUAAAUAUAAAUAACUAUUUAAAUAAAUAAUAAAAAGGGAUUUUUUUAUAGUUUCAAAUUAUAUAUUUUCAAAUUUAAACUUUUUAUAAGAAAUUUGUUUAUAAAAAUUCAGAAAAAAACUAUUGUAAAGAAUUUCUCAUAUAUCAAUCUCAAUAUAAAAAAACUCAAUAAUUAAUUAACAAUAAAAUACAAUACACGAUUCGACCACUUGUGUUUCUUUUCUUCUGGAAUUAGUCCAUCUUAACUAGAAGUAAAAAAUUAAUAAACAAAACAAACAAAUAAUAAUGAGCAUUGCUGUUACAAAAAUGCCAAUCAUGACUUUUGGCUUGCUCGUACGUUAUAUAAGAAUUGACAAAACCGAAGACCAAGAAGAAGAAAAAAAAAGUUAAACAAUGAGUUCUUCGUCUUCGUCUUCCUCUUCCUCUUCUUCUUGGUCUCGCAGUAAAUUUCUUGAUUCAGUAUUUAUGGUCGGACAAAAGGAAGUAACAAGAAUCUUGAUUCUGUUUCUUGGUUUGACUGCUUCAUACGUUUCAUGUCUUGUUUUAUACAAAACAGCUUAUCCUCUGCAACGACUUAACGUCAACAAUCUCAGUUCUCUUAACGCUUCUCCAUCUUCACAAUUGCCAAAUAUCAACUCAUCAGAGAUUUCUCAAGAAACAGCUAAACCAAUGAUCAGUUUCAAGGAGAUUUUGGAGAAUGCGUCGAAUGAGAACAAUACAGUGAUUAUAACGACACUGAAUCAAGCUUGGGCAGAACCAAACUCUUUGUUCGAUCUCUUCUUAGAGAGUUUUCGUAUCGGACAAGGAACACAACAACUGUUGAAACAUGUAGUAGUGGUUUGCUUGGAUCGCAAGGCGUUUGAACGAUGCUCACAACUUCAUACUAACUGUUACCAAAUUGAAACCUCAGAAACUGAUUUCUCCGGAGAGAAAGUUUACAACACUCCUGAUUAUCUCAAGAUGAUGUGGCGCAGAAUCGAGCUUCUUACACAAGUUCUCGAGAUGGGUUUUAACUUCAUAUUUACGGACGCAGACAUAAUGUGGCUUCGAGAUCCAUUUCCUCGGCUAUAUCCAGAUGGAGAUUUUCAAAUGGCAUGUGAUAGAUUCUUUGGAGAUCCUUUCGAUUCAAACAAUUGGGUCAAUGGUGGCUUCACAUACGUGAGAUCAAACAAUAGAAGCGUUGAGUUUUACAAACUCUGGCACAAAUCUCGUCUAGACUAUCCAGAGUUACACGACCAAGAUGUGUUCAAUAGAAUCAAGCACAAGCCUUUUAUCACUGAGAUUGGGAUUCAAAUGAGAUUCUUUGAUACCGUUUACUUUGGUGGGUUUUGUCAAACGAGCAGAGACAUCAACUUGGUAUGCACGAUGCAUGCAAAUUGUUGCAUCGGAUUAGAGAAGAAGCUUCAUGAUCUGAAUCUUGUUCUUGAUGAUUGGAGAAAGUAUCUGUCUUUGUCGGAACAUGUGCAGAACACGACUUGGAGUGCUCCUAUGAAGUGUUUGGAGGAUUAAGGAUAUGUUUAAUAUAGAUAUGGAUGAAAAUUGUAUAAAGAAUGAAGUGUCUUUAAGGACUCUAAUCUAAUCACAUUGGUUUUCUUUCUGA